CAGAAACCGUUCUUUGCUUUCAUUUUUUACUAGUACAAAAUUUUGUAGAUGAUAUUGUAUGAAACUAUCAGAUCCAAAUAGAACUUUAUAUCAUGCUAGAGCACUUUUUUAGUUAAUGUCAUGUUCAACAUGUAAACUACAUGUUUACAAGUAGUGAUCAAUUUUCGUGUUGGAUAUAUAUGACAGGCAACUAUUAACAUUUUGCAGCCCAAAGAGAACUAUCAGAUACUCUUUGCAGUAGGCCAAUCAGAUCCAAAGAGAAAUUUAUCUCAACUUUGGAAAAGGUGAUCAUGACAACCACCGUCCCCGCUUUAUAAGAAGUUCAUGCUUGGACCCGGCUUCUCCAAGUCGACAUUGAGCAAGGUAAUAACCGCCAGAUAAGAUCAGUAACAGGUUAGCCUUGUUCAACAAAUGUCUGCUGUAGAACCCUUGGUUCUGGCCCAUGUCAUACAAUGUGUUGGAUUCAUUUACACCAACGACCCCCCUCAGAAUUACCUACAACAGCAGGCUACUUCUGGCAGGUGCCGAGCUGAAACCAUCUGCAGUUGUGAAUAAGCCAAGAGUUGAUGUUGGUGGCACUGACCUUAGGGUGUUCUACACAUUGGUAAGCAGCCUUCUUGCAGGUCAGGAGCUCAUGUUUUACGAAAGACCAGAACCAAGAUCUGGCAUCCACCGCAUGGUAUUCGUGCUGUUCCGGCAGCUUGGUAGGGGGGCCGUUUUUGCACCAGAUAUGCGACACAACUUCAAUUGCAGGAACUUUGCACGUCAAUACCACCUGGACAUUGUGGCUGCCACAUAUUUCAACUGUCAAAGGGAAGCAGGAUCUGGCGGAAGAAGAUUCAGACCCGAAAGGUCUGAAGGGACAAUAUAAAGACUGUAGACCAUUGCACGAUCUUUCUAUUGUGAAAGAUUCGAAAUAAUGUGCAUUAUAGUAUCAAAUGCACUGUAAUAUUUGUACACGCAACACGAUAUAUAGCUUUAACUACCAUCGCAUAUAUAUGAAGAAAUCAAUAAUAUUCAGUGUACUCAUAGCUGUGAGUUCCACAGAAACAGAUUUACAUUUUGUUACUAUACAGUUUAAAUUUAAAUUUUCUGAGAAUAGGUAAAAGUAGCUUUUCAUAAAACUCGUAACUGUGAGUUUCAUGAAAACAGAUUGUCGUAAUUCUUCGUUUAGUCUAGUCCAAGAAACCAAGGUUUUAAUUGGUUUGGUUUAUGAAAUCAAGCUUUGCUUAAAACUAAGAUCCAAACAACCCCUUAAUUUCUUGACAGAUUGUUGUACAGAAAAAUUGUGUAUUCGAUGAUGAGACGGAAAAAUGUCAUUGUGACACAAACUUACUAAAAACCCCAAACACCGUUACUAAUGUGAUAGUUUGGCUUACUCGGAAGAAAAGCAGGUGGCGCAUCUAUGGAAACUAUUUGCAAUCAUCUCCACUAGUGCGGCUGUGAGGGAGCAAAACUUUGGUAUCUGUCAUUUAGUGGCAACUUCCA